CCACGCCGCCUGCGCCCCGCUGACUCGAGGCUCCGUCGGCUGUCACCGUCAAUUUGACUCACAAGUCUCAUUUCAUAUUUAUUAUAUAUAAAGCACAACACAAGUUAAAUUUAAAACAGAAUAUAGACCUCCGAAUCUUGUUUUCUGAAUUCACGUUAAAGAAUUCAGAGUUCGGAGUCGUGAUACUGCCGUCAAACAUGAUAAUUGCUUAUGUUUAUAUAGACUUAAUUCCCAGAAUUGUAUAACUAUUUAACAUUUUUUUAUUGAUGUCAGAAAAAGAUAUAUUCUUAAACAAAUUACUAUCGCAAUGGCAGCUGAUAAAAGCUUUAAAUCAUAUGAAAACUGUUGCCGUACUUGUUUGAACGAAGAAACAACGUUUGAUAUAUUUAUGGAAACUUUAAAUUCUACCAACUUGGCGGAUAUUUUGAUAUCAUGUACCAGGUUAAAUAUACAAAAAGAAGAUUGUCUACCAAAAAAGAUGUGUGGCUGUUGUUACAAUUGCCUUAUGAGUUUUUAUCAUUUUCGUGAAAUUGCAGAGAAAGUAGAUACAAAAUUAAGAAAAAAUAUUCCAAGUAAUAAUAAUAUUAAUUGCUAUGAUAAUAUUGAUGUGAAUAAAUGUAAAGCGGUCGAAAUAAAAGGAGAACAUGACUUGGAUGUUGAUUACUACAUGUUUGAACCAAAGAUUGAAAUGAAUAAUGAAGAUAACCAAAUACUAGAUGAAAAUAAAAAUUUAGACUUAAACAUAGAUACAAAAGCGUCACAGAAUCUUACCAAGUUUUACGAAAAGGUAAAAAAAGAGAAGUAUAAAUGUGCAAAUUGUAACAAAACAUUUAGAAAGUUAUCUAGACUUCAACAUCACAUCAAGAAACAUAAUGUACAUGACAAUUCUGAUUGUGAUGAAGGCAUUAACUCAAAAAGUCAUGAGGACAUAGAAACAGUUCGUCCAUUGAAUGAAAAUUCAAUUGCAAAUGACAAUCAACAUUCAGAUAAUGGUUUUCCAUGCCGGAUUUGCCCUUCAAAGUUUAAAUCUACCAACUCCCUUUCAGCUCACAUGAGGAAACAUACAGAGAAAGGUAGAGUGAUAUCAUGUACAGAGUGCGGCAAGAUAUUUAAAAAAAUUAGUCAUUUAAAACGUCAUGAGGUUAUGCACAGUAGAAGUAAUUUUCACAAAUGUUCUCUUUGUCCAAGAUCCUUUCAUAGUGAAGAAAUUUUAAAGGGUCAUAUGAACAAGCACAAUGGUAUCAAGCCUCACACUUGUCCAAUGUGUCCAAAGUCAUUUGCUCAUUUGUCAACAUUGACAUCUCAUAUUAAAAUUCAUAAGAAAGAUAAAUUUCUGUGUCCCACUUGUGGUAAGGAGUUUGAUUCCAGUGCAAAUUUAGACCAGCACGUAAGAAGACACCUGGGAUUAAAGCAGUUUGAAUGCACAUUAUGUCCGAGGAAAUUUGUAAGUAAAGGUGAGUUAAAGUCGCAUACAAUCACACACACAGGAGAAAGGUCUUAUACUUGUGAUCAGUGUGGUGCCACAUUUACAAAGCGUAGCUCCCUCGGAAAACAUAAGUUACGACACUUAGGAAUCAAACCUCACCAGUGUGAAACAUGCUCAAUGAAAUUUUCAAGUAAGGAUCAUUUAAAGAGACAUAAUCGUAUCCAUACUGGGGAAAAACCGUAUAAAUGCGAUAUGUGUGAAAGAGCCUUUACACAAAGCAACGAUCUUGUGAAGCAUCGCCGGGCCCAUUUAGGGGAGAAAAUUUAUAAAUGUACAGAAUGCAGUGAGAGCUUCAGACUCCAUAUUGAAUUGCGACAACAUUUAUCAGAGCAUUAUAUUUCAUCACAACUUCAAAUUUCGAAUAAACAAAAUGUAGAAAAAGAAGGUGCUUCAAAAGUCGUGUCUAAUCCUGUGACAAAUGACAUAACAGAUGUCAUCAAUGACACGAGUGCACAGAUAAAUAAUUUGAUUCAAAUGAAGAAAUGAUUUUUAACCUAAACAAACUCAGAGCUAUUGGUGAAUAAUGACGUCACGUGGCCACAUUUUACAACUAAAGAAAACAAAUAUAAUUUGUUUAAAUAAAUAUAUCUUUCCAAAACUGAUAAAAUAUUUACCAGGAAAGCGAAUAAAUGUAAAAAAAAAGUUAGAUCGUUUUCUGUUUGCUUAUAUGAACGAACUGACCUUACCUUAACAUAAACCAACAGAAUCCAGGAGAUAAAUUAAUUGUAUUAUGAAUGUUUGUUUAACAAUUAGAGGGUGUAAGUCUCAAUCCACUUUGAUCCAUUUUUGGGCUUAAGACCAUCCGAAUUUUUAUUCGUCCGAAUUAGUUUAUUUUUGUAAGAAUAAUGGACUUUAAAGUAAUCAGUUACUUCUCUUUUUUUAUGCUCUGUUACUGUGUAGCUGGUCUAAUACAGUUUUUAACGUGGGUAAUAAUCAAUUUUCCAAUUUACGUCUUUGAAGAUUACAAGAAAUUAAAUUAAAUAAACGAAUACAAAAUUAAUAAUAUUUCUUAAAAACAAUUGUUUUAAAAUGCUCUGAGAGUUGGAAAUGUGUUUAACCCUCUUAGUGGAUAGUAACGUUAUAGUUGUUCCUAAUUUAUAAUGGAAUAUAAAGAGUUAAGCUUAUUUUUUUAUUUUUUCUGGCUCAACUAUUAGCGUAUACAUAUUAUACCAAUUUUUAAGAGUUUAGUAGAUCUUUAAAAUGCGCAAAAAUGGUAAAUUUAUCUUUUAAAGAUAAAAGUGACUUAUCUCAUUGGACUUUAUGUUCAUUGAAAUAAUUAUUAAAAAUAUAUA